UGUAAUUGAUUAUUAUGAAUGAAAUGCAGUUAACUUUAUGAUUUCAGAUUCCUUGAAAGAUUCAAGUUAAUUUUAGUUGGCAAAAGCAUCACAUUAGGGUGCAAACUUUCUCUUAUUAUGCAAUUGAGAGCAUCAUCUUCUAUUGGUAGACGCUAUCUACGCCGACAAAUCAGAGCAAAUUUGAAUUGUGCUCACCUUGUUACAUAUCACCAUAGGAAUCCAACACGUAUUCAAAACACAUUCUAGUGAAAUUUAGUGGAGAUGAAUGACACGAGGGAAUGAGAAUUUGUCAAGCUUUCUUUCUUUUAAAUUUUGCUUUUCUAGAAAAAAAAAAGUGUUAAUGUACUAAAUCUUUAGUAGCUGUAAAAUCUUAUUAACAGGGCAAUUUGGAUUGGGUCAAUCCGGAGUGCAGAAGCAGACUGAAGAAGGACUUCUGCUUUGGUGCAAUUACAUUUGGCACCGUCUGGGGCAAUCUGAACUGAAAGCUCUCUUGUUGCUCUCUCAUAAUGGUUAACACUCGAUCAGUCCGAGCUAGAAAUCCAUCUCAGCCUUUUGGGCAAGGUCAACUCCCCAACAAUCUUCCACCUCAACUUCCACCUCAGAUCCCAAAUAUGUUCCCUCUUAUUGAUCAUGCAGAAGGAGGAGAUGAAAACCAACCACCAAACUCAACUAACAACUCAACUUCAACCGCUAACCAAGACCUAGUCACAGCUCAGCUUGCUGCCAUGCAAGAAUAUCUACCUCCGAGGUCAAUCAGCUCUUAUACAGAAAUGGCAUCUGCCUUUGACACAAAGUUUUCCAGUAGAAGGUUGAUAAGGAAAACUACUUCUGAGCUGAUAUCACAGUCAUACAACAAAGCAAGCAAGAGUCUGAGGUCCAAGUUGGAAAGUUUAGCCCAGAAAGGAAUGUUGAAUGAGUACAUCCAGAGAGCUGAACAGCCAAGAUUUGUCAGAGAACAAUGGCCACAGCCCCAAGGAAUCCGUAAUCCACCAAACAGGCAAGGAGUAGGGCAUCAACAAGCCUCACCUCCACUUCCACCACCAACCAGGAUUAUACACAUGAUGACAGGAGGAUUGGAAGCAGAAGGGUUGAGCUCCAAACAGAGAAGGUUGUAUGUUAGAGAGGUAAAGCAUCAGAACCGAGCUCAGAAAAGGAAAAUUGAUGACACUGACUGGAAAGAUCAACCAAUCACUUUUACACCCAUUGAUUUUGAAGGAGUGGUAAGACCUCACAACGACCCUAUGGUCACCUCAAUAAUGAUUAACAACUAUCAAGUCCAGCGUGUAUUUGUUGACACAGGCAAUGCACCUGACAUCAUGUACUAUCAUUGUUUUGAGAGCCUAGGGCUCGACCCAGCUUUGCUACAACAUUACGAUGGUCCCAUAUAUGGCUUCAACAAGCAACCAGUUCCAGUCGAAGGGGUCCUAACCAUGAAUGUUGCAUUUGGAAGUGGCCACACCUAUGUGACUCCUUUAGUUCGGUUCGUGGUGGUCAACAUGCCUUCUUUUUUCAACGUUGUCAUUGGCCGACCCACAUUAACAGAGAUCCGAGCUGUGGUCUCUCAAUCUCAUCUAUGCAUGAAAUUUCCAACCCUCAUGGGAAUUGCAACACUCAGAGGUAACCAAGAAGUGGCCAGACAUUAUUAUCUCACUUCGGUCACAAAGCCACAGAAAAACAAAGAUCAAUCAAUAGAAAACCCUCCACAGGAAAUCCAUGACAAUCGAACUCGGCUGAAUCCUGAGGAGAGAGCAGAGCUGAUAACCUUUCUCCGAGCUAACAAAGAUGUUUUCACAUGGACCUCAGUAGACAUGACGGGAAUUCCCACCUUAGUGUCUCAACACAAACUCAGCACCAAUCCACUCAAAAAACCAGUGGCCCAGAAAUGGCGCCUCUUUGGGGGGGAGAGGUUAAAGGUCAUCAAAGAAGAAGUUGAAAAACUCUUACAAGCUGGUUUCGUCAGACAGGUCGAUUAUUAUGAAUGGGUCGCCGAUCCUGUGUUGGUGAAAAAAGCAAAUGGUAAAUGGCGGAUGUUCAUCGAUUACACUAACCUCAACCAGGCAUGUCCAAAAGACUAUUACCCAAUGCCAAAUAUCGACAAGCUAGUUAAGGCAGCUUCUGGAAACGAGAGAUUAAGUCUCUUGGAUGCAUACUCUGGCUACCACCAAAACGUAGGUCCCACUUACAAGAAGAUGGUUACCAUCGUAUUUCAAGCUCAAAUAGGCCGGAAUCUGGAAGUCUAUGUUGAUGAUAUCGUGGUAAAGAGCUUGAAAGCUAAAGAUCAUUUAACUGACCUUAAGGAGACAUUCAACAAUCUCAAAAAGAACAGAAUGAGGUUGAAUCCAGCAAAAUGCAUCUUCGGCGUGGAGUCUGGGAAAUUUCUAGGCUUCAUGGUUUCCCAAACAAGGAUUGAGGUCAAUCCAGAAAAGAUCAAAGUAAUUGCCGAGAUGGAACCGCUGAAGUUAGUUAAAGAUAUACAGAGGUUAACUGGAAGGGUGGCAGCUCUUCAUAGUAGCAAGGGUUCAGGAGCUGGUGCUCUUUUAAUUGGCCUAAAUGGAUACUGGAGUGAACAUGCUCUGAAAUUCAACUUUGAUGCAAUAAAAAAUAUGGCCGAGUAUGAAGCUUUGCUACUUGGCCUACAACUAGCAUUGGAGUUGAAAGUCAAGGCGAUCCAAGUGUACAGUGACUCCCAGCUUGUGGUUUAUCAAGUCAACUCAAUCUGCGAAGUCAUUGAUUCUGUGAUGGUGAAAUAUGUAACCCUGGUGGCCGAGCUAAGGACAGUACUUGAAGACAAGCAAGAGGCAAUGAGGUUGAGGAAGAAAGCAUCUCGGUAUACACUUGUUGAUGGGGUCCUCUAUAAGAGAUCUUUCUCACUCUCUCUUCUACGAUGCUUGAAUCCUUAUGAAGCGGAGUAUGCACUUUGGGAGGGACAUGAAAGUGUUUGUGGGAGCCAUGUUGGUGCUAGAACUCUGGCUUACAAAGUCUUAAGACAGGGAUAUUACUGGCCAAACAUGUAUAAAGAUGCCACUCACUUUGUUCAGAGAUGCCCGAAGUGCCAAUUUUUUGCACAUUUGACUCACCAGCUAGUAGAGGAGCUCACGAACUUGGUAGCACUGUGGCCAUUUGCUCAAUGGGGACUUGAUCUUUUGGGCCCAUUUAUGAAAGGGAUAGGAGGUGUAACCCAUCUGAUUGUUGGUGUGGAUUAUUUUACGAAAUGGGUUGAAGCUCGGCCAUUAUCCAGUUUCACCUCCAAAAAGCUCGAAGACUUCGUUUUCAGCUCAAUCAUCUGCAGAUAUGGAAUCCCGAACCAGAUUGUGGCUGAUAAUGGAACUCAAUUCAAUUGCUCCUCAUUCAGAGAUUUCUGCUCCAGUUAUGGGAUCAAGUUGCAAUUCAUCUCGGUGUACCACCUAGAGUCUAAUGGAAUGGUAGCAUCUGUCAACAAGGUUAUACUCGAGGGGAUAAAACCAAGGUUAGAGCUACAUAAGGCCAGGUGGGCAGACGAGCUCAACAACGUCCUCUGGCCAUACAAAACCACGAGCUGAACUGCCACAGGUAUUACUUCAAACCUGAUUUCCUUGAUUAACUUUCAUAUUAUCUUACUUCUUCUUCUACAAUUUUACCUUAGAUCAAAUAUGCAUAACGCGUAAAGCGCAUUCUAA